GGAAUUAUUUAACUAAUGGAAUAUACAAAAGAGAAAUCAUGCAAUUCUUCAGAAUAUAGCUAGCUUGAACUUUAGUUAAAAAGAUUUUCAGAUUUCAUAUGUAGGACCUUCACUUUCUGAUAAUUUGAUGAUUUCGAGAUUCGAGUGACAAUGAAAACACAUAGUAAGGUUUGUAAAUGACGCAACACCUUAUAUUCUGACUGUGCGUACGCAGCUGACCUCGAAAAGCCGAUAGAGAGGCGGAUAAUAAAGUUAGGUUAUGUCUAAGUAUAUUUUUAUUAUAAAUCUUUUUUUACUUAUUUACAGAGGUAGUUCAAAAAGUUAUAAUAUCUAGUUAAAUAUUAGGUCUAUUCUUUGCACCUUUACUUUUUUGCUAAUAGACAGGUUAACGGACAAAAUUAAAAUUCAAAACAUUGGUACGUUCAUAACAAAACAAAAUUUUAUUUUGAAGCAAAAUACAUUUACUCAUUAAUUUGUAGUGUAAGAAAUAGACAAAUUAUCGAUGUCUAAUAAAUUAGCUGUGGUGACAGGAGCCAAUAAAGGGCUCGGUUUUGCGUUAGUAAAAGGACUUUGCUCAAAAUACGAUGGAACCGUUUAUUUGACUUCCCGGGACGAUAAAAGAGGUAAAGCUGCCUGCGAAGAACUGAAGAAAUUAGGACUUAAUGCAGAAUAUCAUCAACUGGACAUCGCAAAGCAUGAAAGUGUUAAAAGAUUUUGUGAUUUUCUAAAACAUAAACAAAAGAAGAUAGAUAUAUUAGUAAAUAACGCGGGAAUUCUUUUUUUGAAAGAUGCGCCGGAACCCAAGUGGUAUCAAGCUGAAGAGACUAUUUUUGUGAAUUUCUCUGCAUUGGUAAAUUUUACUGAAGCCAUUUUGCCUUUCGUUAGUGACCAUGGGAAAAUAGUGAACAUCUCUAGCUCUUCCGGCCACCUUUCCCGUAUACCAUCAGAAGAAUUGAGAAAUAAGUUCAAGUCGGUUGAAUUAAACUUGGACGACUUAAAGAAUCUGAUGGUAGAUUACGUAAAAGCAGCAAAGGAGGGCAAAGAAAAAGAGAAGGGAUGGGGUGACUCGGCUUAUGUUGUUUCUAAAGUUGGAGUGAAUGCUUACACUUUCAUGCUGCAUAAGAAAUUGUCCAAAAGAGGUAUAUCAGUGAACUGCGUGCAUCCCGGCUACGUGAUGUCAGACAUGACUCGCGGCGGUGGGUCCAUAACUCCGGAGCAGGGUGCCGUACACGCGCUCCGCUUGGCUCUGCAGCCCGAGGGCGGAGGCCUGUACGUGUGGCACGACGGUACCCCCGUACCGUGGGACGGACCGGAUCCGAGAAGUUAUAUCGACGGAAAAUUGUGACCGUGUGACCAUAAGACUCAAUUUACACUACCAUGGAAUGGAAUGGAAGCGAAUUUUCACAACGAAAUUGUGCAUAGCAUAAUAAACUUUAUGUCAAUGAGGAUCAUUACUAGGUCAGCACAUCAACUCAAAAUCAGUAUAAUGAUCUAAUAAGCUUUUUAAUUUAUACACUUUUUUAAUCAUACAAAUCGGUUCAUUCGUUGCGAUUUCAUAACUAAUUUUAUGGUAGUCAAUAUUCCCCGACGGCCAAAACGUGUGACGUCACAGAACUCGAUCGUGGUCCUCUCCGGUCGGACUUCAGUAGUUUCUACGCACGCUCGCGCGCGAGCUCUGUGACAUCACAGCCACCACGCGGCCAACCGAAAAUUCGUUUAGUAAUUUGGUCAUAUCUUCGUCAAUAUUAUUUUGUCGUAGAACAUAAAUUUAACCACUGUAUUUUAUUUUGUAGAGGAGACUAGAUACACCCACACGAACAAAAUCGUGCCCGAAACCUGUCCAAAAGGUACAUUGAACGAUCCACGGAGCUCCGUAAGAUGAGUAGUCAAAAUCAAUAUAAGGCAUUAUUUAAAUAUUGAAAGUAACCUUAAUACAAAUACUGUCACAAACGCUCUCGAAACGUAACCGCGAAAGUGCUAGAGAUCAAAGCCAGAUAACGUAAGAGUGUUUUGUAAUUAACAUAAAAAAAUAUUGGGAAGUCCGCAAGUCAUUGUGUGUUAAUUGUGUGAACUGUGUGGUGAAUAAAGAACUGUCAAGCGUGAACUGGCAUAUAAAUUCGAACCCCAUCCCGACACGUAACAGUACUGUAUAAGGUCUUAAAUAAAACGCAUGCGUCAAGGACUUUUACAGUUCGAAAUGCAAGCUGGAAAAUUUUACGCCUUAUUGCUAUAUGCGUAAGAAUUAAGAUCUUAGUUCUUUGACUUUACGCGCAAUUCUGAACGCGCUGUUAGCAAUAUAGUAGGCACGGACCGCGAGGAAAAAAGACAGCUAUAUGGCGACAUAUAACCGACCAUGCAUUUGAAUAUCACAAAUAUUUUAUAUUAAAUCAGUUUAUAGUAAGUAUUAGAUCAAAAUUUGCUUCAAAUGCGUUAAAUUAACAAACAUUGACAAGAUACCUGUCGAAAAAAUGACACUUUUCGUACUGUAAGUAUUAUUUUCACAUUUUUUCGGGGAGCUCUGUGGCAUCUUGACUUUGUAACGGUCCACGCGUGAGUGUGAACCAAGAAGUGCUCGAGUGGAGUUCAAGCACUUCUUGAUUGGGACACAUUUUGAGCGCUCGUGGUGUAUCUAGGGUAUUUAAUAUCGUUGAGGAGGGUAUAUCAAUGUACCAUGGAACAUCUCUAUUUUCCGAUUUACUAUGCCUGGCGCUAGGGGCACGCCAACUGAUAAACUGUGUGGUGGUUAAAGGGUUACUAAACAUAAACUUUACGCUUCGCAUAGUUCUAAGCCGUUUCAGCUCAAACAUGAUUAGGUCGUAAAGAACCAAGUAUGUACUCAUAGUUUAGCUUCUUAACUGGCUUUGACUUCUAAGAUAAGAUUUGACUUCGCUUAUUUCAAUUAGAUGGAAGAAUUUUCAAUGACUGAUCACCAAAAUUCACUACUAUUAAUACCCCCCCCCCCCCUAUUCUAAUCAUUUAUUAAAACUUGAAUUGGAAUCCGUUAUUGUAAUUACCAACUGAGCUUUUAAUAAACUUAUAAGGAAUUUUAUUUAACUAUGGGGUUUUCUAGUAAAGUAUAAAAUAAUAAAUGAUUGAUUUGAUGGAGUACUUAUAAGAAAUGUAUCCUGCUUUCUGUAUAAAAUAUAUUGAUUGAAAAUAAAUUGGAAUUUUAAUAUGUUGAAAUACUCUUUUGAUUUUUAUAUUUUUAAAUAGAUAAGGAUAUCUCGUUCAAGGUAGGUGUUGCACCAUUAAAAGAAUGUAUAUAAUUCCUCCUUUAAUUUUUAAUGGUCUUUUCAUGAUUAAUGGCUCAAUAAGGUACAAAUGGAACAGCGAUUUAUUGGCAUCUCAUUUUAAUAUAGAAAAUAUAAUCUGUCGUAACAGGGAUAUGAUUCUAGUAAAUAUAUAACGAAUAUACAUAUAUUACGCGCCAUGAAAAUAUAGAACGAGAUGAUAGCAGUAACCAAUGAGAGAUGAUACGACCGAGUCUGUAGUGUGUGUGAAAACAGAAAAAAAAGUAAAUGAAAAUAAAAGAAAUAAUAAAUCGAAUCAAUAUUAUUUUCCUUUUUUUUUAAAUAAAACAAAUAUGUUAAUUUAUUUUACAAAUUCCUUUGUUAUCAUAUUUCUCUCGUUUAAAAUAUGCUCUUCUCAAAUACAAAGAUUUAUCGAUCAUCAACCAACCAAUCGUCCACAUCACCAAAGGAGAGAGACACAAUUAAUCAUGUGGUACUCGAAAUAAAAAUAUAAUAUCGGUAGUGUGGUGUGUUUGUAUAUAAUUAUAUAUUUUUUGAAGAUUGCACUGUUUUUUUUUUACUUCGCGUCGAUACACUCGGCGGGGUGUUGGGGUGGUUUGGAGGGUGCGAAGCCAGGUGGUAGAGGGAUGCCAUUGUAUGGGCCCCAGGCAAGUUUUUGGGGCUGUUGGGACCAUUGGUGAAUAAGUGGUAGUUGUAUUUUGUUGACUCCGUUGGGUGGUUGGGUUUGAUGUUGUGGUCCGACGCCUAGUUGAUUGAAUCUUGCGAAUAGUUCUUGCUGUUGCUGACUUAGUUGAGACGUAGCGGGGGCGGGCGCGGGGCCAGUUUUGCCGAAGUUCUGAACGGAAGUGGACAUGAUCGCCGGGUCCAUUUGGGUCCAGUCUGUAAACAUGGCGCUGUUCGAAUUGAAACCUGCAAUAAUAAUAAUAAUAAGCGCAUCGUCAAGCGGUUUCUUUCUCUGCGGCCCUAACCACCGGUAGCUUGGACUUAGCCCCGCUGCUGGUGGCCUUCUAGGUUAGG